AUGGCGGCUGCAAGUCGUGUAAAUCCCAAAACAAAGUCGUCCCCCAAAAUCCCUUUUCAAACAUUCGGCCAAUGCUUCUUCAAGUCACAUUGCGAACAAAAUUAUUUCGAGGUUUGGGUGCAAUUUAGCAACAUCAUCUGCGGUGACGAUCUAUCCGAGCUGUGUUCGUCCGCAAUCACUCAACUCAGCUUUACUGACCUGGCCAUCCGAGAAGCCAUGUUGGCUGUUGGAUGUCUAAAAACGGCCCUAGAUGAGAGACACGCUUUGUUGCUCGGCAGCAAAGCUGCCGGGACGCCUGCUUACGAUGAGGCUAUUAGCAGGUACAUUGUUGCAUUGCGCAGCGUUGUCAGCUCCUCCUUGAACAGAACGACAAUACGCACAGUUCUACUGUGCUGUAUCCUUUUCAUCUGUUUUGAUAUUCUCGAUGGAAACCGCCAUGCAGUACAUAACCACGUCUUUCAUGGCCUUCGUAUACUUCAGCAAUUCCUUUACUCGUUAUGUCCGCAGGCUGAACUUGCUGCUUGCCCGGACUCCCCAGACCCUUUUGCGGUCGAUGGACUGAUCAUACAAAUCUUCCAACGGCUAACUAUGAUUUCUCAUUCCCAUCUUGCCCUACAGGCGCAGUCGUUGUGGCAAACUACCUCAAGUUCUCGCCCCACGCCCAAGUUGCCUGUGGCUCGGAUACCAGAGUCCUUCGAGAGCCUUAAGGACGCAGCGCGAUGGCUGGACACUAUCUACAAGGGUCUCCUCGAUGCCACACGUGCCUACCAAGGUGAUAUCUCGGGAUUUGCCACAGAUGAAGCCUGGGUGAACUUGAGAGUUGGUCUGCUGGCUCUUCUCGAUGCAUGGGAAAACGCAUUUGAGCGCACAUUACAGGACGCGCGCAAGCGAUGCCACAACAAUUCUGGGCGUUUCUCUCAUGCCUUGCUGCUCCGAAUUCAGUGGAUAGUAGCCUACACAAGCGUCAAAGCCUCGCAGUGUACCGACUAUGAAGGUCUCGUGACGGUGGAGUCCUAUUUCGAAGAGAUUAUAAUAUUGGCAGACCAAUUACCAAGGGCAUACAUUACCAAGAUAACACCAUUUACGAUAUGUAGCCCGGUGUUUGCAUUAUUCUUGUGCGGAUACAAGUGUCGAAACCCCAAUAUCCGUGCGGAUGCAGAGAGACUGCUAGGCACAUUCAAUAUACAAGUAGAUGGACUUUGGGACAACCGUGCUGCACUCGCUAUUGUACAAUGGGGCCGGGAGCUUGAGGAUGAGUAUGCCCCCUUGUUUUCCAGCGCUGCAGACGCCUGGGUCACAAUUCGUCAACGAUAUGUAGUAUUCCAUAACCAUGAGGAUAAAGCGACUGUUGGAUCUUUGAGGCUCCGAGGAGUAGAAUGGGUCAUGGUGCAGGAAAUAAUAAGCUGGUAA